AUGGCACGUUACGGAGAUCAUAAUCGCGAUCCAUGCCCGUGGGUUAUCCUAAAUGACACUGGAGGUGCAUUUGCCAUGGGUGCUAUAGGUAGUAGUAUAUGGCACUUUGUAAAGGGUGCUAAAAAUUCACCAAAGGGAGAACGUAUAAUUGGUUCAAUCACAGCAGUUAAAGCUCGUGCCCCAGUAUUGGGAGGAAAUUUCGCGGUAUGGGGUGGACUAUUUUCAACAUUUGAUUGUGCAUUAAAAGGAAUAAGACAGAAGGAAGAUCCGUGGAAUCUAAUUGCAAGCGGAUUUUUAACAGGUGGCGUUUUGGCUGCCAGAGGUGGUAUCGGUGCAUCAGCACGAUCCGCUGCUUUUGGAGCAUUAGCAUUAGCUUUAAUUGAAGGUGUUUCGAUUGCAUUAUCUAAAGUUUUUGCGCCACCACCAAUGAUUCAG